CUCAGUCCGAUUGGGUCCGGUGUUGAUGGGAGGACUGAAUAAAUAUCGAGCCCAGAUGCGCUUCGGGAUGAGACAGAGCCGAUAAGUCGAGCGGGAAGCCACGAAGUGUGCCGCUUGUACACACAACGUGUGCUCUCACCGUAACUUUUAACUCAACUUGUAGGCUGCUCUCCGCUUGUUGGCACUUUCCACGGCUGGCGAUUGUGGUUUCCUAUCCUCGCCGAGGUCCGUGAAGUAGCCGCAGUCUUCUCGGCUCCAGGUUGCGUAAAGAGUGGUCAACCUCGCGCCCGCUUCCUCGUUUAUUUUUUUGUUUUGUUUUCUUUUAUUAACUUCAUUGUCCAACAUGAUGAUCAUCAUCGCGGAGUUCUUCGUGGUCAUCCUGAAGGUGCUGUGGGCUUUCGUAACAGCCGGUGCUAAGUGGGUGGUGCAGCCCAAGGAGAAGAGCGUGGCCGGACAGGUGUGCGUGAUCACCGGGGCUGGAAGUGGCCUCGGGCGGCUCUUCGCCAAAGAGUUCGCCCGGCGGAGAGCCAUCCUCGUGCUGUGGGACAUUAACAGCCAAAGCAACGAGGAGACGGCAGAGAUGGUGCGGCAGAUUUAUCACGAAGUGGACACGCCGACCUCCAAAGAUGGUGGCGUUGAAGAGGUCUCCCCAUUCCAGCCCCAGGUGUACACGUAUGUGUGCGACGUAGGCAAACGCGAGAGCGUGUACUCCACAGCUGAAAAGGUGCGUCGAGAGGUGGGCGAGGUGGACAUACUCAUCAAUAACGCUGGCGUGGUGUCGGGCCACCACCUCCUGGAGUGCCCCGAUGAGCUGAUUGAGCGUACCAUGGUGGUCAACUGCCAUGCACAUUUCUGGACCACCAAGGCGUUUCUCCCCAAGAUGUUGGAGCUGAACCAUGGCCACAUUGUGACAGUUGCCAGCUCCUUGGGUUUGUUCAGCACAGCUGGAGUGGAGGAUUACUGUGCCAGUAAAUUUGGCGCUAUCGGCUUCCACGAGUCCCUGAGCCACGAGCUGAAGGCUUCGGAGAAGGACGGCAUCAACAUGACCCUGGUGUGUCCUUACCUGGUGGACACGGGCAUGUUCAAAGGCUGCAGGAUAAGGCCAGAGAUCGAACCAUUUCUGCCACCCUUGAAGCCCGAAUUCUGCGUCAAGCAGGCCAUGCGUGCCAUUCUCACAGACCAACCCAUGAUCUGCACGCCUCGCAUCGUCUAUAUGGUCAACUUCAUGAAAAGCAUCCUCCCCUUCGAGGCCAUCGUGUGCAUGUACCGCUUCCUUGGCGCCGACAAGUGCAUGUACCCAUUCCUGGCGCAGCGGAAGGAAGCCAUGAACAACAACGAGGCCAAGAACGGGAUCUAGGAGGAUUCGACCACAACACGAACAGGGGAAAGGGGGGGGGGGGGCACAUAAUCCUACGAGCACGAGGAGAUGACCACUGAUGGGGUGUUGGGGGAAAUGGCGGAAAGACUGAACCUGGGCUGGUGCACUUGCAUUGAGCAAAUGCAAAGGUUUACCAUAUUGUUCCUCUGGGACAAAGAAAGCUGUGUACUACACAAUGGAUUUAUUUGUCGUUAUUGUGUGUGUUUGUUUUUUAAAGAGACAUCUAUAUACUGUAUCACUAGUUUUGAAGCAGUAUCCAAUAAUUAACUAUUUAGUCAGCAGCCUUAUGUAGUGUCAUUGUGGAAAUAUACAGUAUGUUACUGUACAGACAGUAAAACAACAAACCUUUCUUCACUUUAUUUUGUAGACCUGCACUGUAAUUUCUUAAGCUUUCUAUACACUGCCAACUCUGAAAUACACAUUAAGUUACAUAUAUUUUGAGGAAAAAAAAAAAGUUGCAUCACCUCUCAAAUGGAGAAUGUAUCUCUUCAAGAUGGCGUCAUCAUAUCUGUUACCAGUCGUAGGGAAAUUGAUUUUCUUUGUUCGCCCCCACCUCUAAAAAUGAAGUAACACUGUGCCGUCAGUUUGUCCAGUUGAAAGUGUGUUGUAAAUGUUGUGAGUAGCCCAAUAUCCCAAAUGACUGUCUCCCUAUACUGUGUAUGGAUAUUUGCAAUAUGGGGAGGACACCGUUUUAAAAAGACAUUCCAGUAGGUGUCAGUCACAGUGAUGAGCCUCAAUUCUCUACCUCUUUGUUAUUUUGCCUUUUUAUUUUUUGGAAUUUUCUGAAGAUUGCUCCACGGCAAAGCAAAGUGUGAUUCUGAUGUUUAGUGUCUCUACCUAACUUAAAUUAAUAAAGUGAUUUAGAUUAUUA